AUGGCUCAGCAGGAGUACAAGUGUCUUGGCGAUGCCUUGUUCACGUACAAGGGAACCGUCUUCUUUACUACUGACACUUAUAAACCUACUCCGGAAUAUAUUGACAGCUUGGAAAACUUUGAGAUCAGAGACAGUGACGUUUUUCUUGUCACUUACCCAAAAUCUGGCACAGUAUGGACCCAGCGCAUUGUUACCUUGCUGUAUGAAGAGGACUUCCCAGACUCUCUGGACAAGACCACAUUUCAGCUCAUGCCCUGGGUGGAGUUUUUAGGUAAAGGUGCGGACUACACCAAAAGGCCAUCACCCAGACUGUUCAGCUCCCAUCUGCAGGAGCACCUGGUCCCCAGAGGCCUGCAGGAGAAGAAGGCCAAAGUCAUCUACGUCACCAGGAACCCCAAAGAUGUCCUAGUUUCUUACUUUCAUUUCACAAAUUUCAUGCUAGUACUGGAGAAACACAAAGACUUCGAUGAAACACUGGAUAAAUUUUUCUCCGGUUGGAUGGUUGGUGGUUGCUGGUUUGACCACGUCAAGGGAUGGUACAACAACAGAGACAAGUACAACAUCCUCUUUCUAAGCUAUGAAGAAAUGAUCAAGGAUCUGAGAUCUGUUGUUGUGAAGAUCACUGAAUUUGUGGGGAAAAAUGUGUCUGAUGCAGCAAUUGACAAAAUAGUGGAGCGGGCCUCCUUUAAGGAGAUGAAGGUCGAUCCUUUGGCAAACUAUGAAUUCCUGCCGGAUCAUGUUAAGGAGAAGGAGAAGGUGAAAUUCCUGCGCAAAGGUACAAUUGGGGAUUGGAAGAACAACCUUACGGUGGCUCAGAGCGAACACUUCGACAAAGUCUUCCAGGAGAGGAUGAAGGACUUCCCUCUGACUUUUGUCUGGGACAUUAGUGAGCUCCAUGGCUGA